AUGAGAGACGCGAUCAAGCGGUUCACGGGCGAAGCCGGGACGGUGAAGAAGAUUGGCGAAGGCACGUACGGCGAGGCGUUCAAAGGCGAAGGGAUCGUCCUCAAGAUUGUUCCCAUGGGCGGCGCCGCGCUCAUCAACGGCGAGCCGCAGAUUGGCCCGGCGCAGAUCAAGGCUGAGGCUGCGAUCGCGAAGCGGCUCACCGCGUUGAGAGCCGAUGGCGACGAAAACGCGAGCGCGUCGACGGCGGCGCCGACGAACUUUACGCAGGGCUUCAUCCGCACGGAGGCUGUCGCCGUGUGCCGCGGGCCGUACGCGCCGUCGCUUCUCGACGCGUGGACCGCGUACGACGAAUUAAGGACGAGCGAGAACGAGAACCCGGCGAACUUCGACCCGGAACAGCUGUACGUCGUCUUCGCGUGCGACGACGGCGGCGUGGACUUGGAACGCGUGAAGCUCAGGUCGUACGCGGAGGCGAGGUCGACGCUGCUUCAGGUUACCGUCGCGCUCGCGGUGGCGGAGGAAGCGAUGCGGUUCGAGCACCGAGAUUUGCACUGGGGGAACGUGUUGCUGGACGUCGCGUUUUGCGACCUCGGUCAGGACCCGGAGCUGUUCGAGGGACCGUCCGGGCACUGCCAGUCGGACACGUACCGUCGCAUGCGGAAGGCGACGAAAGGAAGGUGGGAGGAGCACUGCCCGAAGACGAACGCGUUGUGGCUGCAUUACCUCGCGGAUUGCCUCCUCGCGCAGAAGGAGUUCCCCGCCGCCGCGGAGGAACGCGCGGCGAUAAAGGCGUUCAAGAAGAGGGCGUUCGGGUACAAGUCCGCGGCGGAGGCGCUGUGGGACGACAUGUUCGUGGGGGUGUUCACGACGUCGCACGCAAACUGUGGGGUCGUCAAGAUCAAAGAAGAGCCGCUGUAA